AUGGAACGUCGAUCUUCGAAGAAAAAGACAGUUGGAGUAAUUCAUACAGAUUCCCGGCGAGCAGCAAGACAUAGUUGCUCAUCCCUCUACGGUACUCCACCACUCUCUACACAAAGGAGUUCCAAAUCGAGUAACAUUACGCAUGAACAUACUUAUGUUCGUCAGUUUCCCCCAAUAUUACAUCCUUACAUUGGGUCUGUACAAGAUGUAAUACCUUAUGGAAAUUACGGCUUUCGGGCAAUAGCUGUUUGUCUUGGUUUUGGUGAACAUGCAUGGGAUACUAUCCGUCGUGACUUGAUAGGUGAGUCGAGCGCAUUCUGGCAUGAAUAUGUUGCAAUGUUUGGUAGUGAAGAGCAUACAUUGGGUGUUCACAACUCACUGAACCUCUUUGAAUUAGAUAGAGCAGCACUAGUUCAGCACUGGAUGACAAUGCCAAACAUGGGUCUCUUGAUUGCUUCGAGGUACAAUGUCAUACUACAAGUUCUUAGUUCUGUACAGAGCUUCACAUAUUUACCACUACGAUCAACUCCUCCACCGCAGUAUCAACAUGUUGCUAUCGCUAUCAAAAACGUUAAUAAUAAUCACUACGUCCAAGUUUCCUUAGCUGGGGGUUACCCGAUGCCUACCAUUAUACCUCAGUGGAAUUACUUUAGGAAUGAGUGCGCAGCUACAUGGGUUUUACCGUUUGACGUAGAACGAGUGGAGAUCGCAUUUGAAGAAGGAAUUGAUGAGAAUCAAGAAGAAAUUGAGAAGAGAAACUUCAAAAGAGCUGCGGUGAAGAACUAG